GUGUGCUGGUCACAGACAAUGAUGAAGCUCUUUUUGUUGAUCUUGGGGGUGACCCUCGCCGUCUGCGAAGAUACCAGCAGCAGCAGCAGUGUCCACUGGGAGAAAAGCACCCAAUAUGCCUACGUCAACGGAAAACCCGUGAACCUUCAGAUCGAUCCGGUUAAAAUUGUAAAGGAUCCAAAACUCGAAUCAUCGAGUGAGCCAGCCAAGGCUGAUGAUGAGAAGGUCGAUAAAAAUAAAGAUGCAGCUGAUCCGGCAAAACUUCGGUACCCGAGCUUUUAUCCUGGCCGUUAUCCGUAUCCUGAUCUAUACCCAUACCCUUAUCCGCAACUCGACCCUGGUUUUGCAGGUCCUAGUUACUGGAAUCAAAGACCAGUUAUUCCUUACGACCGCAGUAAUGAAGAUCAAGAUUUCCACUUACGGGAAGAGUAAAUGUUUUAUCCUCUCCUCAACACGAUAAAACGAUUUAUUGAAUAAAUAAAUCUUGAAGCAUAUCAAAAAA